AUGCUGGUGCUCGGAUCGGACUGGUCGCUUCAAGAUGCCAAGCUGGCCGUGUCGUCUAUCGACGGCUCGUCUCGCCUCUCUGAAUCCUUCACGCUCGAGAGGGCGCCAAAGGUCCCGGCAUCGCUAUCCGUGGAAUCAGACGAGGUUGUUAGGCUCUCCUUCGUGCUCAAGUCGGCGUCCGGCGAAAAGCUCUCUUCCAGCGAACUCCCCCACCAGGUCCUUGCUACGCUGACGGAUUCAGUGGACCCGAGACUGGUCGAGGCGACUGUCAUUCCCGUCAAGCCCAGUACCGGCAAAGCAUCAUACAGCCUUCGAGUUGAUCGCCUUCCUGCCACAUUUACAUCACGGACCUCUGGUCAAGCCGAUCUGAAUCUCGUGGUGGCCUCCUUUGGCUCAUCGAAGCCCAUCAACCUCAAGCUCGCCACUCUCCAGCUCCCCAGCAAGCUUCGGGUCGGCGGUGGCAGCACACUAGCCGCAGUAACGCAGCGGCAAAAGAACAUCAUCAAGCAUGGCUUCGUCCCUCACUUGGAGCGCUUUCACACCUUUGCCGUCCCGCCGACUGAGAAGAUGCCUCCGAAAAUCAUCUCUCUCGCUGCGGCCGUCGGUACCGUGGCUAUCCCAUGGCUCAUCCUCGUUGCUCUGCUCCCAUCCAUCACCCCGUCUCUCUCGCUCCGAUCGCUCACAUCCUCCACGGCACCGUUGGUGGCCAGUCUCGUCCUGCUUGAGCUCCUCGCUCUUCGCUUCUGGAUCGGCGCAGGCUUCACACUCUUCAAGAUGAUGCCCUACCUCCUCGGCUUGGGAACGCUGACCAUCCUCGUCGGGCGCUCGGCCUUGGGAGAGAUGAAGCGGGUCCGCCUGGGCAAGAGUGCGUAA